AUGUCAGAAUGAAGAGCAGGAUACCUCUCAUUCUCCUAGCUUGUGGCUCCUUUAACCCCAUCACAAAUAUGCAUAUGCGUUUAUUUGAGCUGGCUAGAGAUCACCUGCACCAAACAGGAAGGUAUCAGGUGAUUGAAGGCAUAAUGUCUCCUGUCAAUGAUGACUAUAGAAAGAAAGGCUUAGUUUCAGCCAAGCACCGGAUAGCAAUGGCUAAACUUGCACUGGAGACAUCUGACUGGAUUCGAGUUGAUCCAUGGGAGAGUGAGCAAGAGACAUGGACAGAGACAGUGAAAGUAUUAAGGCACCAUUACAAUGAAUCACUCAGAUCGUUCCAGUCCAGGAAGGAAUUCAUGACAAACAAGCGGCCCAUACAAAGACCUCCGGAGGAUUCUCUUUCUUCCCAGCACACAGUUCUACCAGAAUUAAAGCUGCUCUGUGGAGCUGAUAUUCUACAGACAUUCAAGACACCCAAUCUCUGGAAGGAAGAGCACAUCAAAGAAAUAGUAGAAAAGUUUGGUUUGGUGUGUAUUAGCCGCGCUGGCUCAGAUCCUGGUCAGUAUAUCAGUGAAUCAGACCUUUUAACUAAAUUUCAGCACAAUAUCUUUCUAGUGAAAGAAUGGAUUCAGAAUGAAAUCAGUGCAACACAGAUACGCAAUGCCUUGUGCAGAGGUUUAAGCGUAAAAUAUCUUGUACCGGAUUCUGUCAUUUCCUAUAUUACACACCAUAAUAUCUACACAGAAGAAAGUGAGCAGAAGAAUGAAGGUGACUUGCUUCAACCGCUAACGUUGCAUAACACAAGAGUAAACCUGCUAAAUGACUGAUGAGUGUAGCCUAUAAAAUGGACAGAGGUGGCAUUUUUUCAUGUAAACUUCUUGAGAAAGAUAGGGAAAAGAACAUCAGCCAAAAAUUCUUUGAAUUCACGUGAUGUUUUAGAGUAAUCUUUUUGUAUGUGGUAAUGCUUAAUCAAAUUGGGAUACUCAGGUGAGUAUCUUAAAAUAUGUAAACAACUGCUUCCUUGUGAAAAUAGAAGAAAUAAGAUUUUAAAAAUAAAUAUUAAAAUCUCCAGUAAUACUUAAGGGCCAAACAUAGUAAUUUCCUGAUUUUGUAAUCUUUAAUCCUAUAGUCAAGUUUAGCAUGAAGAUGCCUUACUGUUCUGCAGCAGCAAAAUAAAAUGAACGCUAACCUUUGCUUAAAAAUGUAUAUAUUAUUGCUACUCUUUGACUUUUUGUGACCUUGAAUAAAUUUUGUUUCUGAAGGUUAAGUACGAUGCAAGUUUAUGUUUUGGCAGUUUGUA